AUGGCCGUCAACGCUCUCCCCCAGGCCACCACCCCCCUGGCCCGAGGCCUAUCCUCAACCGCCCCCUCUACAAACAAGCGCCUGCCUCCUCUUGCCGAUAGAUCCUCCCUCACCUACAAGCUCACCAACCUGUCGAAGCAAAAACUCGCCCGCGAGGCCACGGCCCCGGACCCAGACAUCCGUCGCUGCCUCGUCCAUUUCCGUCUUCACUGCCGAUCCAUCGAAUGGGCGCAGCAGGAGGCCGCUACGAAGAUCACCUCGUUUGAAUUCGAGGAUGACGAGUCUGAGGACGAGGAGGCCAAGGAGGAACAACAAGAGCGCGAGGAGGCUUCGUCUCCUGUUACCAUCACCCUGACGCCGCCCGAGCCAGAGGCCGUACAGGCUCAACAAGCCGAAGAAGUUUCCUCAACCACAACAAUCCCCUCCAAGGAGGAUCAGACUAUUCUCGUACACUUUGAGGGCCGUCGGUGUAUCGAAAAGGCACAAAACGGCUUCUGGCCGUCGCCUGGGCAGUGCAUGCCUGUUCGCAUCGCUGGCUAG